AUGGGUGUCGCUAUGCUAUUUGAUAAAAUUGUUAUCUUUGGUGAUUGUCAUAAGGAAAUUGUUGAUUAUGUUAUAAAUUAUCGGACAUACGUUGGGCCAUUGAAAGCAAUCUGGGGAAAUUUGAGUGGUGAAGACAUAUGGCCAAAAUCAUGUAGUAAAGAUGGUUGGAUUGAAUUCAAAGGGUGUACAGAUCAAAUUCUACGUUAUAUUGCUGAACCAAAUGAAGAUAAAUUACUUGAACGUAUUGAGAAAAUGGAUGAAAUCUAUGGAUUAAAUAAGAAUAUUUCACAUCACUUUAAUUUAAAAACAAAAAUACAAGAAGAUCAUGAUAAUAGUAUAUUAUCGAAACGUGAUUAUUUUAGAUCAGGAUGGAAAUGUUGUCAGUUGUUUAUUUCAUCUACAUUUCGUGAUAUGCACGCUGAACGUGAUCUAUUAUGUGGUAUACUUGUACCUGCUUUACGUAGAAAUGUUGCAUUAGGUUUACGUGUACAUUUAAAUGAAAUCGAUUUACGUUGGGGUGUUCCUGAACCAGCUACAUACAAUUCACAAGCACUACAGAUAUGUUUAGAACAAGCGGCUGCUAGUGAUAUUUUUGUUCUGUUAUUGGGCGAUCGUUAUGGUUGUAUACCAGACGAAGCUGUAGUUAUGUCAUUACCUGAAUCAUUAUUAUCUGAAGUGUGUAAAUUUUAUAAACCUGGAAUGUCUAUGACUGAAAUGGAGUAUCAUAUGGCUAGACAAGCCGCCAUAUCUAAAGUCCCUAUUCAUGAAAGACGACAGCAGAAUACAAUAAGUUUUCAUGAGGCAAUACGUCUUCGAAUUUGUGUUUUCAUUAGAGAUUCAGCAUCUAUAGAAAAUGUACCAGAUGAAUUGAAAGAUUGUUUUGAAGAGUAUGAUGUUGAAAAACGUAAUCGUCUUAACGCCUUCAAAGAAUUAAUUCGUAAUGAUGGUGUUAUUGUUAGUCAUAAUUAUUCAGCUCAAUUCAAUGGUUUAAUAAAUAAUUAUCCAAUAAUGGGAAAUUUAGAUGAAUUCGGAAGUCAAUUUUUUGCAACAGUUAAAUCUUUACUUCUACGUUUAUUUCAUAAUGAUAGUGAUAAUACUCCAGUAUAUAAUAAUGAUAAUAAUUUGCUUAUAACUGUUAAUAAGUCAUUGAAUACUAUUGAAUUCUUACGAGAAUAUGUUUAUUCAGCUGCAUGUGCAAUUGGACCACGUCAUCUACUGGAAGUAGAACAAGCUUUUAAUGCAUUAACUGAACGUGGUCAUCGAGUUCAUCUGGCUCGUGCAAUUCAAUCAACUGAAAAGAAAUUAAGUGUACAAAACAAUUCAAACUAUUCAACAAACCUUCAAGGUUGUGAUGGUGGUAUCCUUUUAAUUGUUGGACCGACUGGUAGUGGGAAAACUACCUAUUUGUCAGCUUUAACAAUAUCACUGAUAGAAUCCGAUUGGUAUAGAUCAUUUUCAACGAAUAACACAAUACAAAAAAAGUUUAAUUCUAAAUUACAUUCAAGUGAACAAUUAGUGAAUUCAAUAGAAAAUUCUAAAUUUAUUUCAAAACAACGUCCAAUAUUUGCUAAACAUCAGAUAUUCAUACAUUUCUGUAAUGGUUUAUCAAUAUCUGGUUUACCAUCGAAUAGAAAAUUGAAUGAAAUACUUCAAAAUUGGUUAAAUCUAUUAACUAUUCAACUUGAUAAUAUCUGUAAUAGUAAUGAUAUUCUUAGAAAAUUAUUUAAUCAAAUGAAAUCAUCUUUUAAUGUGAAUAAAAUCUCUUCUAAUAUAGAUUUAAAAUUCAAUAUUCAGUGCUUUGCACGUUUCAUACAAUUUAUUGGUUACUUAAAUGAUAUACAGUUUGCCUUUUUAAUUGAUGACUGUGAUCAGUUGGAACCAAUGACCUUAGAAUGGUUACCACAAAUUUUACCCAAGAAUGUUCGAUUCGUUUUAACAUGUGAUUCCAAAUCAUCAGUUGCUCGUAAUUUGUGCAAUCGAAUUGAUUGCCAACUGUUAACUGUAUCCGGAUUAACUACACACGAACGUGGUGCAGCUGUUCGUAGUUUACUUGGAAAAUAUGGAAAGGUUUUGAGUGAAUCCGGUUUUCGAAAUCAGUUAUCUGUUUUAAUUCAAAAACGAGAAGCAAGUAUUCCACUUUAUUUGAAAUUGGCUUGUGAUGAAUUACGUUUGUACAGUAAAUAUGAACAGUUGGAUGCAAAAUUAAAACAACUGCCUGAUACAAUAUCCAGUUUAGUGAUAGAUGUUGUCAAACGAGUUGAAUGUAGUUGUGGAUCAGAUUUAACUCGCAUUACACUUGGUCUCCUUACUUGCUGUCGUCAACCAUUGUCAACAGAAGAACUACAUAAUUUAAUUGAUGAAUGGUUAAUUGAAUCAUGGAUGGAACAACAGUUCAAAAAUGGUUUUACAGAUUGUUGGCAAGAUUUAAAAGUGCCAUUGGACAAUCUUGAUGAUAUAAUAUCAAAUGAGAAGAUUAUUUAUCGAAUAAUCAAUGAUCAAUUCGAUAAUAAAAAUAAGCCUACAUUAUCUAAAGGACAACCACAUUUGCCGUCGCUUUUAUUGUAUAUCCUAUUAACUGGUCUUCAUCCUUUACUCUCUGGUUUCAUGGAUGAAAAAGCUGAUAUUGAUGAAAUUGACAAUGAAUUACCGCCUGAUGGUUCUAUGCAAACAAUAAAACAACAAAAGCUUGCUAUAUGGAAUCUUGGAUCAAGAGCAUUAUCAUUUAGCAGUCGUGAAAUACACAAUCUAGUCUAUGAUAUAUGUUUUAAUCAAUCAAAAUACAUUAUAGGUCAUGGAAAAUAUGAAUAUACUUUCAAAAAUAAUCAAAUGAGGAAUUUUAACAAACGUGCAAAAUAUGAUGAAAGUAUGCCCGGUGAUAAAAUUCAUUUGAAGACAGUGACUCUUCAAACUAUACAUAAUAUUUUAGCUUCAAAAUUACGAAACAUGAAAGAUUUAAUUUAUCAUUUACAUCAUGCCGGUCGAUUAAAUGAAGUUGUUUGUUUACUCAGUAGUCCAGCGUUUCUUAUUCAUCAGAUUGAAUCUGGAUAUGGUUUGACAUUGCUAGACGAUAUGAAUAGAUACAUUACAACUAUUGUACAUCAUCAAUCUGAACCGAACAAUAUUCCUACUUCAUUAGAUCUUAUGAAGGAUAAAAUUAUAACUAUGCAAAGGUUUCUUGCAUCAAAUUAUGAAUUUUUAAUUAAACAUCCGUAUUCAUUCGCUGAAUUGGCUAUCAAUCAAGAUAUUGACGAAUGGAUUCAUACAAUUGGACAUGCAUGUUUACUUAGUUCAAAUUAUCAAGAGAAAAUCAAUGGUGACUCAUGUAAAAAAAUUUUCCGUAUUAAAUUAAGUACUAAUGACAUUCAAUCUAUCCUACCGAAAAUUAUUCAACCAAUUGCAAUUCAUAAACUAGUCACACCACUAACUGGUUCCCAAGAUAUCCCAAUCUCAAUUGAACUUGAUCGAACAGGUAAUUUAUUAGCUUAUGGAACUGAGUCUGGCACAGUUACGGUUGUCGAGGUUCAAUCAUUUAAGAUAUUAUGUUCAUUUCUUGGACAUAAUAUGCCAAUACUCAGUUUAUGUUUUCUUGAUGAUUUUGCUUCUGACGGUUCUACGAUCAGACCAUACGGUAUGCCGAGUUCACAAUUAUGGUUAGUUAGUACUAGUCAGGAUGCUAGUAUACUUAUUUGGGAUUUAUCAAAUGUGAUAAACAGUGUUACAUGUGGAAUAGCAACUAGUAUCAGUUCCCAAGUGUCUUCUUUAAGUGGAUAUCAUCACAAACCUGUGACUGUAUCUGCUUGGCAUCCGAAACGUCGUAUUUUGGCUACUGGUGGUUUAGAUUGUUUAAUUUGUUUAUGGGAAGUUGGUGAAUUGGGAUUUGGGUCAUAUUUUACGUCGAAAUCAUCUGGUUGUAAAAAAAUUAAACCUAGUAAAAAGCUGAAUAUCAAAUCAUCGAUUAAUUCAAUUGCUUUUCGUUUACCGAAUUAUGCAUCGGAUAGUGAAAAAUCUAUUCCUUCUGAAUGUUUACGUGAUGUUAUGGCAGUGGGAUGUUGGGAUGGUUUUGUCCAUUUCUACAGUCUCAUAUCUAUGAAUUGGAUAAAGUCUCUUGCAGUCUCAACAUCUGCUAUUUGUUCACUGGCUUACUCGCCGAAUGGUGGCAGACUGUUAGCUAUUCUUGAUAGAAAAGGUCAAAGUUUCAUUUUAAAUGCGAAUACAUUUGCAUAUCUAGGCCGGUUAACUGAAAAUGUCACUUUUUCAUCAAUUGAUGAAUUCGCUUGUCUUGAUGAACUGCAUCAUUUAUUACCGAAUCAAAAGGGAGUAUUAUGUUUCUCUGAACCAACUGGACGUUAUCUCAUUCAAACUGGCGGUGGGUCAUCAGUUGGUCGAAUCAAUGUUUGGAAUGCUCAUCUCGGUGCACCUGAAGGUCCAUGGAUUAACGUUAGUCGCAAUAAGAGAGAAAUGAAACGAACUAUAUUUGUCACAACCUAUACUAUUGACAUAAGUGGGAAGUAUAUCAUAAUUGGAUGGAAUGAUGGUCUCUUCACUAUUGUUCUAAUGACCAAUGGUGAUACUGUAUUCACUUCGGAUAAAUUAACUCCUUUGAUAAACGAUAAUUCAUCUGUUGAAGCUAUCGCUUGUGGUAUUUCACCUUAUUGCGAUGAUGCUAAUCUUGUCGUUGUUGGCUGGUCAUCUGGUGCAGUUAGGUUAUCACAGAAUUUUCAUUUGAAAACAACUUCCCUACCUAGUGCUUGUGAUUCUGAGAUUUUUCCAGAUACUCAUGAAAGUAAACCAACUCUUCAACAUACUGGACCAGUUAUAUGUGCUAAUUAUCUGUAUGUGACAAAGAAUUUACAACUUUGUAUAACUGGUUCAGUGGAUGGUGAUUGUAUUAUUUGGGCUGCUCGUGGUUCAUCAACUUCUCAAUCAAUCAAACCUAUAACUACUGCUACCACUACAUAUCAACCAUUGAUACGUUUAACUAAUUCAGAUAUGAAACCAAGAUACAGUAUAAACAGUAUUGUUACACAAUCAUGGACAAUGAAUAAUGAAGAAAAUAAAAUAGAUUAUUUCAUUUUUAUUGCUUUCGGUUAUGAGAUUUUAAUGUUGCACAUACACCUUAAUCAUGAUAGUUUAAUUAAUAAAACUGAUUUGGAAAAUAGUUUAUUAGAGCUAUUUUCAAAUGGAAAACAAUUGGAUAUAGAUAUUGCUGAAUUAAAUGCAUUAUGGUCAAUUAAAACAAUUGAUGGUUAUGCUGAAAUACAAAGAUUUAAAACAGACCAUAUCGUUGUCGAAAUGUCUGCUUUACAUCAUGAACCAGUUAAUAUGAAUCAGUGUGGUGUUGUAGCACUUUUGUCCAAUGGUGAAAUUGUCAUUAUUCCAUUUAAACGUACAGACGAUGAACUCAUUCACCUUCGUGUUCGAGAUAACUGUAAUCUUUCAAGUCAUUGGUGCAGUUCAUUAUGUACAUAUCAGGAUGGUAUACUUGUAGCACAUAAUGGAUCAGCUUUAUUUCAUCCGUUUGAGGGUCAUAGUGCAAAUGUAUUCACACCACUUCGUGGAUCUAUCAAUAAUUUGGAAAAUAUCUAUAUUGACAGAAUUGAACCACUUUGUUUACCUAACGGAAAUAGUUUCAAGUUAUUUUAUAUUGUAACAAGCAAAUUACAAUCUGAACCACGGAUUAUCUUCUUUGAUAGUGAUGAGCAUAUGCUAUUGAAUAUUUCGCUGGAAGGAAUGGAUCUACAAGUCACUGCUUAUUGUAUCACUUCAACUCAUCUUGAUAGUGAAAAUUUAAUAGUGUAUUUAUUGUUGGCAACGUCGGAUAGCUUUCUACGUUUGUUGAAAUGUUCUAUCAAUGUUUGUAAUAAAUCGAAAUUAAGCAAAUGGGAACAGCCUCCUCUUUCUAUUCUCGUGAUCGAUUCUCGGUAAAAAAAACAUACAUUCAAAGUUUGAUUCGAUGCAUAAAUAUAUUUGACACUUGAUCUUUGUGAUCCCGAACUUCUCUAAAAAUCUGCCUACUCACCAUUUUAGAAGUAAUAGGUUGCACUUUGUUCAGUGUGUGUGUGUGUUUGUGCGUGCGGGGAUGGUGACUGUAUGCUUAAUUAUAGUGGAAUAUAUUUUGUAGAGUGCGAUUUCUUUGUUUAUUUUAAGUGACUUUUAUAAUAAACGAAUGAAACACCGCCGUGUCUGAAUUGUUUUUUUGUGGUUAGCGUUUUUAUAGCGAGUUAGUUUUCUACGGGGUUAGGUCGCUAACCCUUCAUCCAGCCUUGGGAUUGGCAGUAGUCCCAGAGUGGCUCCAGGAGGAGUUAAGAAUGACACAAACUGAAAAAACUAGUGGUUUGUCAUUUCAGUUGAUUUUUAAACAUUUUCACAUGUUUGUUUCAUUUUAUCUAUUGGGUUAGAUCAAAAUUUAUCCAAGUGGCGAGCAUAUUACGAAAUUGGUCACUUUCGACAAAGAUCCUGUGAGGAUUAUGUGCUGCCUUCAGAAUGGUCAGAUUGAUCUUUACACAAUAGAACAGUAGUACUUGUCUUUCAAUAAUCUCUGUAACCAUUACCUGUGAUGACGUAAUCUAUCUUUUUAUUCUCAUUUUUCUUUAUCAUGUAACUUGUUUUGUUUAAUGUUGUUAAUUUAACCGAUGAAUAAACAAAUUGAGAAUAAAACCAACUCUUUUGUCAGUAAUUACCUCGAAAGAAAUGUAUUAGCAUGGAAUGAAUCGAUUCUCAGUUUUUUUCCGAUCAUAAGUCUUUCAUCACAAACCGACUUAACAUCUGCA